AUGGCCCCCAAAAGCAGUCAGCCACCCUUGAGCGCCUCCCAAAGGACGAAACAACAAUCGAUAUCGAGUUUCUUCGCGCCGAAGCCAUCUCAAGCGCCAAAGGCAGCACCCAGCUCAGCUCCGAAACCCGCGUCUCCAGCCACUGACGGUGCGAAUCGCAAUGACCACGGAGACGAGACAUCGCCUCUAGGGCACUCCAUACUGAGCCGCAAGCGCACCGUUUCCAAUUCUGGCGACGACGGCGAGUCUCCUAAACGCGUGCGAAUUGCAGAAAGCGAAGAUGCGCGGCCGUCGCUCGAUCAGGCGACUGAAGCAAGUCUGAAUACGCCCAAAGCUAUGACGAGGACAGAUAGAACGUCAAGGUUUUUAUUCUCUUCAUCACCUCCGCCACGCGAUGAGAACGCCGCAGCGCAGGAGGAAGACGCUGCAGCAACACAACGGGAGAGGGAGAGACUGCAUGAGAAGUUCGUCAAGAAGCUUGGACGCCCGGACAGCUUUGCGGAGUUGCGCAGGAGGAACAAGGUUUUGACGGAAGAAGAAGCCAAUGGCGAGGGUGAGGGCGAGGAUGAAGAUGAAGAGCAAGAGGCUCCGAAGCCAGCGAAAGGGAAAAAAGGUGCAGCCACGAAGAAGCCAGCUUCGAAACUAACGCCAAUGGAUAAACAGUACCUGGAGAUCAAGCGUAAACACCUCGACACUAUCAUCGUGAUGGAGGUCGGAUACAAGUUCAAGUUCUUCGGCGAGGAUGCGAGGACAGCAUCGAAGGAGCUGGGGAUUGUCUGCAUACCAGGCAAGUUUAGGUACGACGAGCAUCCGUCAGAAGCGCACCUGGAUCGAUUUGCGUCAGCCAGCUUUCCGGUGCACCGACUGCAAGUCCACGUCAAGCGCCUUGUCAAAGCGAAUCACAAAGUCGGAGUAGUACGGCAGAUCGAGACUGCUGCGCUCAAGGCAGCUGGCGACAAUAGAAACACGCCAUUUGUGCGGAAGCUCACAAAUCUUUACACAAAGGGCACGUAUGUCGAUGACGUCGAGGGAUUGGAGACUGCCGCCGAAAGUCCUGCCGGCGGCGCACAAAGCACAGGUUACCUGCUCUGCAUCACCGAGACGAAUGCAAAUGGCUGGGGCACAGACGAGAAGGUACAAGUCGGCCUGGUCGCUGUCCAGCCCGCAACCGGAGACAUCAUUUACGACGACUUUGAGGAUGGUUUUAUGCGAAGUGAGAUCGAAACACGACUACUCCACAUUGCACCAGCUGAAUUCCUUGUCGUCGGUGAUUUGUCGAAGGCUACAGAUAAACUCAUACAGCAUCUUUCAGCGAGCAAGACGAAUGUGUUUGGAGAUCGAUCGCGAGUUGAAAGGGUAGAAAAGCCAAAGACUAUGGCUGCACAAGCUUACGGUCAUAUCUCCAACUUCUACGCCGACAAAAUGAAGUCUAGUCAAGGAGGUGGCUCAUCGAGUCAGGGUGCGAUUCUCGACAAAGUACAUCAACUGUCAGAACACGUUACAAUCUGCUUGUCGGCAAUGAUCACAUAUCUAAGCGAGUAUGGGUUAGAGCAUGUCUUCGAUCUGACAAAAUACUUUCAGCCAUUCAGCGCAAGAUCGUACAUGCUCCUGAACGGCAACACGCUCUCCAGUCUCGAGAUCUAUCAGAACCAGACUGACUACACCGCAAAAGGCAGCUUGUUCUGGACGAUGGACAGGACGAAGACUCGCUUCGGACAGCGCUUGCUGAGAAAAUGGGUUGGCCGGCCACUGAUUGACAAGGAGCGCCUGGAGGAACGCAUUACGGCGGUCGAAGAGCUCAAAAACGGCGAGAAUACCAUACCGUUUGACAAGCUAAAGUUUCUGCUUGGUAGAACCAGGACCGACCUAGAAAAGGUGCUGAUCAGAAUCUACUACAAGAAAUGCACGCGGCCGGAGCUUCUGGCUGCGCUGCAAACGCUUCAGGAUAUCUCUGGUCAGUACCUGCAGGUCAAGUCACCUGAGCAGAGUGGUUUUUCAUCGACCCUAUUGAGCGAGGCGGUGUCAAAUAUCCCUAAGAUCUACGACGACCUCAACAAAUUUCUCGAAAAGAUCAACGCCAGCGCCGCUAAGGCUGACGAUAAGUACGGCUUCUUCCAAGAGGAGCAUGAAGCGGAAGACAUCAACGACCUCAAGCUUAGCAUUGCCUCCGUGGAAGAUGACCUCAACACCCACCGCAAAGAGGCCGCUGCAAAGUUGGGAAUCACAAAAGUUGACUACGUUACUGUUGCUGGAAUUGAGUAUCUGAUCGAGGUCAAGCGCAAGUCUCCGCAAGAGAAGAAAGUCCCCGCUUCGUGGCAACAGAUCUCCGCAACCAAAGCUACACUCCGAUUCCAUACCCCUGAAGUCAAGCGCAUGUGCCAAGAGCGCGAUCAAUACAAAGAGUCUCUAGCCGCAGCCUGCGACGCUGCAUUCAUGCGUCUGCUAGACGAUAUCUCCGCAAAGUAUCAAGAGCUUCGGGACUGCGUGCAUUCCAUUGCGACGCUUGACGCACUUUUUUCUUUGGCCAUUCUAGCUAAUCAACCUGGCUAUGUUAAGCCUACCUUCACUGACGAGAUCGAGCUCAACAUUAGCGGCGGUCGGCACCCUAUGGUUGAGCAACUAUUGCUGGACAGCUAUGUGCCGAACGACCUCCAGCUCUCGCACUCCGCCACGCGUGCGCUACUAGUCACUGGACCGAACAUGGGCGGCAAAUCUUCGUAUGUACGCUCCGCUGCUCUCAUCGCCAUUAUGGGACAGAUCGGGUCGUAUGUACCUGCAACAGAGGCACGGCUUGGCAUGCUAGAUGCGGUCUUCACACGCAUGGGUGCAUUUGACAACAUGCUAAAGGGUGAAUCUACCUUUAUGGUGGAACUUAAUGAGACUUCCGACAUCCUCAGAUCUGCGACGUCACGAUCUCUCAUCAUUCUAGACGAGCUAGGUCGUGGAACCAGUACGUUCGACGGUGUUGCUAUCGCCGAGGCAGUGCUUGACUAUGUAAUCCGUGACAUACAGGGCUUGACGCUGUUUAUUACUCACUACCAGCACCUUUCCAAGCUUCACUCGCGCUUCACAAACGGCGAGCUGAAGAACGUGCACAUGUCAUUUGAGGAGCGCGACGGCGGGAGAGAAGUUGUCUUCUUGUACGAGGUUGCUGAAGGAACCAGCCAUCGUUCGUACGGGCUCAAUGUCGCACGGCUUGCAAAGGUACCAGAGAAGGUCAUCGAUGUUGCCAGUGUGAAGAGCAGCGAGCUGGAAGACAACAUGACAGCCUGCAAGAUGGGCAAUUUAUCCCGUCUAAUGAAGGGUAUAAUGAACGAUAACUCCGAGCAAAGUCUUGAUAGGCUUGUUGAGAGUAUUGAGCAACUGUAA